AUGUUCAUCAAUACACUCAUAGAAGAAAAAAUCCCAGUAAAAGUGUUAAUUGAUACAACAUCUAAAUAUAAUACUAUUAGCAAACACUUAUCCAAUAAGCUUAAAUCUGACCACAGAUUAGAAGGUAUAGUUGGUGAUGAUCUGAUAGGUAAAGAAAUAAAAGGUUUAGAUUUACAGUUUCGCAUUAAAAGAAAGUGGCAAAGUUUAGGUGAUACUAAACUAAUAGACUUUCAAAUUCACAAAAAUCCAUUAUUCGAUCUGAUGUUGGGGCAAGAUUGGUUAUGGAUGUGUGAAGCAAAAAUAAGCUUUGGACAUUCUCCCAAAACCCGUGUCUGCCAUGCUAAAAUUAUAAUAGAUGGUAUAAGCAUCCCAUUAUUUGAUGAAGAUUUUAACAAAGCCAGCUCUACUAAAAAUAAUUUAUCUAAAUCAACUGAAUCUAAACCUGGUCUAGCUCAAGAGAAGGUUAUGAAUAUAAUUAACAAAAUUUUCUCAAAUAUUGAAGAUAGACCCAAAAGGUCAUUGCUUUGCAACAUACCUCCUACACAUCUACCAUCCAGAAGAUUAAAUGACAAUGUUUCCAAAAAUAAGAAUAAAAAAAAUAAUGUCAAAUAUUCCACAGAUGCUUCUUCUAAUUCAGACACUUCAGACAGCAAUUCAAGUAAUUCUUUCACAUCUAGUUCAGAAAUAGAAGUUACAUAUGCGCAUAAGACUAGAGCAGUAAAGAAACGCUCUAUUCGAAAGAGUAAAGUAAGAGGUAAAGUUAAUUAUCGAGCUUGA